AUGGAAGAAACUCCUAUCGAGGAGGAUCAUAAUGUAGACCAAGACCAACAAGAUAUGUUUAAUGAUGAAUUUCAUCCUGCGGACUUGAAUAAUCCUGAUGAUGAAAUUGGAAUAGGUGAAGGUGAAGGUGAAGGUGAAGGUGAAGCUCAAGUUGAAGGGUCGGACCAUGAGAGCAAGUUUCCUCCCACACCUAUAGUUGGUAGUAACAAUCCAUGUGCUUCUCAAACAUCACAUUUUAGACUGAAAAAGGUGAUCAAUUCUCGUAAUGUGUUUUCCUUUAAAUGUUCAUAUCUGGAUUGCAAUUGGUGGCUGAGGUCUGUGAAAUUUACAAGUAGUGACAGGUUUGCCAUUAGAAUCUAUGAAAAGUACCAUAUGUGUGGUUCAGAGCAUCUUACAAGCCAUAAUCACCAUGCCAUGACAAAAGUCAUAGGUAAGUACUUUGAAUAUAGGUUUCCCAAUGGUAAAGGCACAUCCACAAGAGACAUGUCAAAUCAACUCCGCACAGAAUUGGGUCGUAAGGUAAGAUAUUGGAAGAUUUAUAAGGGCAUGGAGCAUGCUAAGUCUAAUGUUAGGGGAACACAUAAGCACGAGUACGCAGUGCUUAAUGCGUACCAGUAUAUGCUUGAAGUUGAGAAUCCAGGAAGCAAGACGACAUUGUCGCUCGAUGAAAAUGGGAGGUUCCAGUACUUCUUUGUAUCAUAUGCUGCUUGGAUAAUUGGUUUUCAAGAAAUGAGAAAAGUAAUAGCCGUUGGUGGUACAUUUCUAAGGAGCAAGUAUGGAGGAGUUCUACUAUCGGCGGUGGCACAAGAUGCCGAGAAUCAUAUAUUUCCAGUGGCUUUCUGUGAGGUGGACAAGGAAUGUGAUGCCUCAUAUGAAUAUUUUUUUCAAAAUAUGAGAUGCUUAGUAGAUGAUACUGAUGAGUUGUACAUUAUCUCUGAUAGGCAUCCAAGUAUUCGAAAGAUGGUUUCGAUAAUCUACCCUGCUUCUCAUUAUGGUUGUUGCAUGAGACACCUUGGGGAAAAUAUUCGAAAUAAAUUUCACAAUUCAAUGGUAGUGUCCCAUUUUUAUAAAGUAGCAAAGUCGUACGAUAUAUGUGAGUUCAAUGACCAUUUCAAUCAAAUAAGAGAUUUGGUACCAAAGGCCACUGAAGCUCUUAAACAUAUAGGAUUUCACACAUGGAGUAGGGCAUUCUGCCUGGGAAAUAGGUACCAUCUCAAUUGA